AUGUUACACACGGUCACCGAGUGGCUGUGGUGGGAGCGUUUGUGGCUACCAUUGAAUGUCUCGUGGACGGAUUUGGAGGACCGCGAAGGCCGCGUCUACGCCAAAGCCUCCCAGCUGUAUGCUGUGCUGCCCUUUGCCCUCGGCCUCCUUUUCGUCAGGUUCCUUUUUGAGAGGUUGGUAGCCGCGCCGCUGGCCGACGUUUGCAGUGUUAAAGACAGGGCGCGGCGAAUCGUAGAGCAAAAUGCUAUCUUGGAAAAUUACUUCUGCACACAAUCUAAUGUUCCGUCACAGGCAGACGUGAGGGCUCUGUGUAAAAAGACUAACUGGACCGAGCGAAGAGUUCAGCUGUGGUUCAGGAGGAAGCGGAACCUCCAGCGUCCAGGUCUCCGCAAGAGAUUCUGUGAGGCUAGCUGGAGAUGCGUGUUCUAUUUUUCUGCAUUUGUUGGCGGCAUUGUCGCUCUCCAUGAUAAACCAUGGUUUUAUAAUCUAAGGGACGUUUGGGCAGGCUUCCCUAAGCAGUCGUUGCUGCAAUCCCAGUACUGGUAUUACUUCCUGGAAAUGGGCUUCUAUUUUUCACUGCUCCUCAGCCUCACGUUCGAUGUGAAGCGGAAGGACUUUAAAGAGCAGGUGAUCCACCACAUCGCCACAGUGACUCUGCUGGCAUUCUCGUGGAUCUCCAACUACAUUCGCAUCGGCACCAUCGUGAUGGCCCUCCACGACUCGGCCGACAUCCUGCUGGAGGGUGCCAAAGUAUUAAACUAUGCCAAGUGGCAUCAGACUGCUAAUGGCAUGUUUGUGGUCUUCACCUUUCUUUUCAUGUUGACCAGACUUGGUAUUUUUCCUUUCUGGGUGAUCCACUGCACAUGGGUAUAUCCGCUGGACCAUUACCCUCCGUUUUUUGGCUACUAUUUUUUCAACGCCAUGUUGCUGGUACUCCAAAUGCUGCACCUUUACUGGGCCAUCCUCAUAUCAAAAAUGCUCUACAAGUGUCUCUUCAGUAAGCUGGAAGGAGACGACAGGAGCGAUGAAGAGGAGGACGACAGCGAGGAGGAUAGAAAUCACAAGCGGAGCCACAUGAACGGUUCAGGAGUCCGUGACCGGGCCAACGGUCACUGA